AUGAUGCCAAAUUUUAAUAUCCUUUUAAAACUGUUUUUGUUACUCUCAUGCUACUUGCAGUUGAUCGAGUCAUUCUGUGUGUAUAAUCAGUUAUCCGGAGAUCGUGUCAAACUGAGGGUGGGGAAUCCUUUUGUAGCUGCUCCUACUAUACGAAUUUUUACAAAAAUCGUAGCUCAAGGAACAAGAGUUUGUUGUCCAUAUGAUAAUGCUGAUUGUGUUGCUGGUCUCAAAAAGGAUUCACCCAUCGAACUUAAGCUCAGAUUUGCUUUUGACUUGAUUACCCUAAAUGAAGCCGAUAGACAGUAUACAACUUACUGUGAGGGAGGGGGAGGUAUUAUCAUCACAGGAUCAAAUUUUAAUGACAUAGAAUCCACUUGUCACAAAGUCAAUGGAGAUGUUGUACGAGAAAAACUAAUCGACUGGGUACCUGUAUAG